AUGGCUUCGCACGACGACGACCUCCUGGACUCGACCGCUACCACUGUCACCAGAAACCAGAUGGGUCGCUGGAGCAACGUCGUCCGAAUCUCGCCCAGCCCUGGUGUAGGCCUCAACAACGUUCGCCAGGUGUUCGCCAAGAAUGGCGGGUUACGUGGAAUUCACUGGACUCCUGGGAGCUCUGACUUGUUCCUGGAGUUCAAUGAAGAUGCUGGCGCCGCGCAUGCUCUCGCUUUGCACAAGCUGAUGCCUGACAUCAAGGUGAGGGCCCUGGAUGGCGACCCGGUGCUGGUCGAACAGUAUCGCAAUGCGAUGGCCGCGUCACGCAGAGAAACGCGUUCGACAGACCAACCACUCCCGGGCGCACCGCCUAGACAGGCCGUGAAGCCCAUCAUCCCGAGUGCUAGCCACGCCAACCCGCUAUCCAUUGAUCCUUCGGUAUUCGCAUCCCUCCUGCCUUCAAGCAGCGGAUUGCCGAAGGGUUCAGCGGCAUCCAAGACGUCGUCUUUAUUCUCUUCAAAGACUAAAUCAGCUCCCGUCAUGGCUUUCUCCGUGGACGGUCGGCUUUCUAUAACCUAUCAUGGCGAAACUUUCUCUUACGACAUGAAAACCACCGACGGAGACCCUCGGGCAAUCAUUGCGCUCCUCAAGCUGUCUACUAGCGAUCCUGGUACUUGGCUAACUGCCGCGGCGUAUCAUCGUCGCCAAGGUCACUCCCGUAGCGCACUGGAUAUUCUUAUGGCUCUACUUAAAUUCAUGGAUGGGCUCGAAGUCCCAGACACUCAACGUAAACCUGUCUGGCUUAUGCUCUCCGGAUGCGAGACAGACAUGGCCAAAAGCGCCAAGGGCGAUCCCAUUACACGUCCUGCCGUGAUCGCCCAGCAUUAUAAGGAUUCCGCGAAGUGGCUACAGAAGGUCUACGGCGUGGAUAUUCCUCAGCACUAUACCAAACCGGACAAUGCUCCCGUUCGUAGUGCGCAAGUCGUGCUCAUGGAUGUUCCCUCCCCGGGUACCAAUGCCAUCACAUCAACACCUAGCUCGUCCAAACAGAAGCUAGAGCAUGUCCUUCCAUUGAAGCCCACCCCAUCUCGUCCUCGUGACGAAACCGAAAAUCUUCCGCCGUCUGGUGACCGUAGCGCAAAGGCACCAAAUCAAGCAGCAUUGCUAUCCGUACAGCGCGCCAAACGCAAGUUGGAGGAAGACUGCGUGUACGAACGCGAGCAGCGGCGUAGACUCGAGCGCGAACUCAAGGAGGUCACUCAUGAGUUAGAUCUCACAAAACGGUCCCAGACUCGCCUCAAAUCCCAGGUUCGAGAGGAAGCCGAGGCUAGGAGGAAGGCGGAAGAUGCUAUUGAGCGGGAGAGGAAUCGCAUAGAGGCCGCGAGGCGAAAUGGCCUUCCAUCAGAGGCAACCCGGAUAUUUCUUGCGGUAGCCCGAGGCGAAUAA